AUGCAACGUGUCAAAAACGUGGUUGGCUGCUUUAGUGGACCCUUCUCCGCAGUUAUUAACUUCCAGAAGCAGUUUGUUGAUGACGUCAUUGUCAAUGUAAAGAAGCAAAGUGAGGAAAUAAGUCGUCACAACCACGAGCUACAGAAUCGACGGGUGCGGCUUCAUCUCGAUCAUCUGGAGGAGGAAUAUCUUUGCUGCGUUUGCGGCAGACCGGGCGAGGAGCGGGACGCGGAUGAUGUGGUGUCGGACGAAUUCAGCAUCGUCCAUAUGCCAAGCAAAGAGAGAAUUGAACAGGCCAUUGUAGCCUCUGGGCAGCUGAACCAGGGCGGGUCGGCUUGCGGCGAGGAUGGGUUUCAGGCACUGGGUCCUCAGGUCUACGCACUGCUUGGCGUUCUUUCCACGUCUGCCGGGCAGAAUACAUCGGAGAUGGUGGCGAAGGUGCAGCACUGCAUUCUCAACCAGGAGGCUGCACGAAGGCAAAAACGGCGGUCGGCGCACCGCGACAAGGGGCUUAUGAAGAUUGAGGAAUCCGAUAUUGAAAUAUUUCAACAGUUUUUCAAGCGGCCCGUUCACGGGUAUCUGUGCUCGGACUGUCACAAUUCGGCAAAAAGGAGGCUGGACGCUCUCACAAGCCAAAUUCAGAUGAUUUUGUUUAAGGGGAAGACUCCAUUUUUGCGCAGUGGCCGCGCAGCAGCACAGUGCCAGCGGCCAGAGGCGACAACAUCCCCCACGUGGCCCGUUUCGACGGUCGUUAUAUCAAAUUUUUGUGCGAGGACGAGGGAGCACAAUUCCACCUAUCUUUCCGAUGCAUCCAUCACGCGUCUCCGGGAGAGUUUUCACUGUGCGGUUUGCAAGCGACGACAGGCCUCAUUUUUUCUCCGACAGAGCGCCACGUUUCUUUGCCAGUUUUGCUGUUCGAGAGACCGUUUUUAUCGUGAUAACGCAACCUGCAUCAACGACGAGCUCAUGCCAAAAGAGACGGCACACUUGCUUGAAAGCUUGGCGCGAUGCCAGGAGAAAAAAAAAGAUCGAGAAGAACACAACGCAUUGCUCGGCAGCGGUGAAGAGCGUGACUUUGGACUUUUUAGGGAGCAUAAUGCCGUGGAUCUCUUUGCCACUCAGCUGCCACCACAUGCAUCUAUUGAUGUGAAAGCAGUUCUUCCCCACUCACCAUCUCUUUCCGAUCGAAGAAGUGUUGCCGGAAACUUGUCUGUUUCACUUUUUAGCGGAAAGAAGUUUCUGCUGAACCUUUCUUCACCUGGGGGAUUUUGA